AUGCUGGUGAUUCCCCCGGAGGCCGACCCCAGUGCCACCCCGGAGGCCGACCCCAGUGCCUCCCCCGGAGGCCGACCCCAGUGCCGCCCCCGGAGGCCGACCCCAGUGCCACCCCCGGAGGCCGACCCCAGUGCCGCCCCCGGAGGCCGACCCCAGUGCCACCCCCGGAGGCCGACCCCAGUGCCACCCCCGGAGGCCGACCCCAGUGCCACCCCCGGAGGCCGACCCCAGUGCCGCCCCCGGAGGCCGACCCCAGUGCCACCCCCGGAGGCCGACCCCAGUGCCGCCCCCGAGGCCGACCCCAGUGCCGCCCCCGGAGGCCGACCCCAGUGCCACCCCCGGAGGCCGACCCCAGUGCCACCCCCGGAGGCCGACCCCAGUGCCGCCCCCGGAGGCCGACCCCAGUGCCGCCCCCGGAGGCCGACCCCAGUGCCGCCCCCGGAGGCCGACCCCAGUGCCACCCCGUGCCCAACAGCUCUUGCUGUAAGAGACAGCAAGAGACAGCAAGAGCUGUCUCUUAAAGCUCUUGCUGUAAGAGACAGCAAGAGACAGCAAGAGACUUAUUAUAUAAAUAACAUGCUUGCUGCACAGAAUAAAUGA